AUGUUGGUGCAAGAAAUGGUACUCGACAACGACUCGAAUCAGUCACGCGAUAUUUACGGGCGACAUUUUGUACCCAUGUCCAAGAAUGCCCGAUCAGACGUCUCAUUCCCUCUCGCUCCGCCUCGAACCCGCGCCCCUUCGAUGGCAUCGACUGUAGAUUUGGGAGAGAAAGACGGACAGUCCAUGGGGGUGUUCACUAUCAGAGCGACAGACUCGCCUGUGCCAGAAACUAUGCGCCACGAGCGGGAAAGGGACAAUCGUGUCCCGGACAAGACUGGAGAACCGCGGCCGUCGCUGCAAAAUCUUCCGUUAGAAGUACAAGGUAAAAUCCUCGACUUUAUCUUCGGAGACAUGCAUUCGGUCUAUGCUGGGUCUACUUCUCUACGCGGCAAAAGUGUCUCUUCUUUAAUGCGCCAUCCGAGGAGGAAAGCAGUCUCAGAUUUUGCGCUGGUUUCCCCAACAUGGAGGGAAUUGGUGCAGGAACGAAUAUACCGCCAUAUCAAAAUCAAAGGGACGAGAGCCGGGCUGGAUGAAACCCAGGAAUUCUUUCUGGAACACAUGCAUCUGACCAAGUAUGUCCGACAUAUCGAGUUCUGGGUACCCGUCUGGGGCGACAAGGCUUCACUUGACGACCACAUAUACAACCCUCUGAACCCUCUCGGCACGGAUCGCAAUACCAAUCUGCAUCUCGCAAAUCAUGUUCAUGAAAACCUUCUCCCUGUGAACGACUUCAUCGGUUACAGUUUCAAACUGUGUGCGGCCUCGGCAACUCUAUCCCAAAUGUUCAGCCUUGUCAAUUGCUUCUUCUCUAAUGCACGGGUAUUUACACUCGAAGGAGGACACUGCAAAAAGUCCAACAUGAUUCGUCAUUUCCCCCAAACGUUGUUCCCCGACCCCAAUCAGCGCCUGGAAGAACUGCACAACAUUCGGACUUUUGCUAUGCGCGGAGCCUGGAAUAUUAUGCGCAGUUACUCGCAUUGGAAGACCAUCGAAGCUGCAUUACCGAAUGUCGAAGAGUGGCACUGUGGCUAUGCCAAGCCUAGGUCAGAAGCAGACUCAACCAUCGAUGCCAUUUUAAUCAAUCUCCCUCCCCAGUAUCGACACGUCAACAUCUCCCUCGACGGGAUGUACAGCAAGGAUCCGACAACGCUUGGCUCGAGUCAUCAUCACGGACAGUCACAUCUGUGCGAGCGACUGGGAAACGUCCUGCCCCAACUCGAGUCAUUGUCAUACACAGGCAAGGUCUGCGAUUGUCUGUGGAGUAGUGCGUUUUCGGCACUCUCACAGAGCAAGGCCGAACCUCGACUCAAAGCGCUAGAGAUCGUAGUCAAGUCUUGCUGUCGGCAACGCGUUACAGACACCGACCUCGAGACCGGCGAAACCAUCUAUCACGAAGCAGGUGGCGCAGGGAUUACAAAUCUGAUCUUCAUCCGCUCGUUUGAACGUUUGGUCAUGAAGACGGUCGAGGCAUUACCCCUUUUCCCGCAGCUCAACUAUGUACGAAUACGUUUUAUCGACCUCGAUUCGCCCUGUACCUUGCUUAAUCCCUACUGGCAACUCGAAAAUGGGAAAGUAUCUGGCAUCUGGAACGAACAGAUUGUAGAGAGAUUGGCGGAGUUGCGUCCGGACAUUGGGUACAUCGAGCUGAGCGAUGGGAUCGAGCCGGCAGGUUGGCAUAAGAGGCCGAACUUGCCUACAGUGACGGGCACUGGGGGCCGACACUUUCAAGAUGUGCCGACCAGCCCUCUGAGUGUCACUGAUGCCGUUGUUGGUAACGGAUGCAGUUUGUAUCCGAAGACCAAGCCGAAGAGCAUCAAAACGAGUAGUUACAAACUCGUUGCUGAGUCGCGGGGAAGCUGA